GGUUCCUCUGAAGCCCUAUGAAAAAGCGCUGCUCUCUUUUUUCUCGCAGCUCUGUUCCAUCUCUGAAACGGCGAUGGUGGUUCAGUCACCAACAUAACCCUUCUUCCACUUCCUAUCUCAGGAAACCUUGAAUUCCAUCUUCAACCUCCCUCAGUUCUCGCAGCUACAGAAAAAGGUUUUGAAUUUCCUUGUACAGCCAGCGGUAGUAAAAAGAUUGUUCCAGCUCGAGUGCACGACAUUCGCG